UCUCUCCAGUCUGCACUAGCUGUCCUCCUCUCACACAGUCGCCCAACCAGUCGGUUCAGCCGAGCCGCUUGGCUUUCCCUGCCCCUCUCGAUAUGUGCUCCUUGCUGCCUGGCCGUUGUCAACGUCCGCCGACCGACGAAGAACGAAGGCGAAGAAGACAUAUUACCACGCUCUACUCGGGCUUCUUGUCGACCCUCCACCAUUGGCUCCCAGCCUUGCCAGUCAAGUCCCAGCCCGAGUUGUGAGCUGUUGUGUGGGGAGAAAACAGCAGGCAGGGAGGCAGCAACAGCUCGGAAACAUCUGGCCGCCGCAGAGUCCUGUAAUGGAAAGGAACACAAAGUCGGCAUAAGGGGGAAGAGGGCAAAAGACGAGGAGGAUUCCGCGGGGGACGUCGGAGCGUGCUGCCUGUUAUGAGGACAGCAGGAUGGAGUUCCCCGACCACAGCCGACAUUUGCUCCAGUGUCUGAGCGAGCAGCGGCACCAGGGCUUCCUGUGCGACUCCACAGUGCUGGUAGGAGAGGCGCAGUUCCGUGCGCACCGCGCCGUCCUGGCAUCGUGCAGCAUGUACUUCCACCUCUUCUACAAGGACCAGCUGGACAAGCGCGACGUGGUGCACCUGAACAGCGACAUCGUAACGGCGCCGGCUUUCUCGCUGCUGCUGGAGUUCAUGUACGAGGGCAAGCUGCGUUUCCAGGACCUGCCAGUGGAGGACGUGCUGGCCGCAGCCUCCUACCUGCACAUGUACGACAUCGUCAAGGUGUGCAAGAAGCGGCUCAAGCGCAAAGCCACGGCCACCGAGGCGGACAGCACGCGGAGGGAGGACGACGGCGCCACCUCCGGCUGCUCCGACAAGGCCGACAGCCUCUCGGACGGCUCGGCCGGCCGCCCCGCCGCUGCCGACACUAGUGACGAGGAGGACGAGACGGAGGUAGGGGCGCCGUGGCUGAGAACUUCAUCCGCCGAGCGGCCGGGGACGCCCGCGGCGCCCACGCUCGCCAGCCCGUGCCGCGGGGAAGCAGAAGUCAAAGCCGCGUCCCCCGCCGGGAGCCCGUCCAGCUCCACCGGGUCCCUCUCCCUCAAGUCGCAGCGAGGGCAACACGGUCGGGUGGCAGGCGACGUUGUGGACUGCGUGCUGGACUUGUCCGUCAAACCCUCGCCCGGCGUCAACCACCACUCAAACUACUUCGGCAGCGACUCCCCACCAGACGGUCUCCGGAGCCCCCUGCCCGUGAGGGUGAAAGUGGAGAGGGGCGCGGCAUCGGACGAGGACGACGAUGCGGGCGGCGCGGACUAUGAGAUGGAGCACAGCGGCAAGGUGACGGGGCAGCGAGGUGUGGGCGGCCCCCUGUCGGCGCAGCGGCGCCUGGGCCUGGAGGCGCACCUGUCGGCCCUGCGCGAGGCCUCGCUGGCUUCCGAGCUGGAGCGCGAGGACAAGCGGCCCGGCGAGGACGUUCCGGCCGAGGCGGCGGCGGGCGGCGCGGACGGCGCCCUUCUUCCCUACGUGUCUAACAUGCUGGCAACGCCGCACACUCAGAUCUUCAUGUGCCCGCUGUGCAACAAAGUGUUCCCGUCCCCGCACAUCCUCCAGCUGCACCUGAGCUCGCACUUCCGCGAGCAGGAGGGCGUGCGUGCCAAGCCGGCCGGCGGCGACGUCAACGUGCCCACGUGCACCAUCUGCAGCAAGACCUUCUCCUGCAUGUACACGCUCAAGCGCCACGAACGCACGCAUUCGGGCGAGAAGCCCUACACGUGUGCCACCUGCGGCAAGAGCUUCCAGUACUCGCACAACCUGAGCCGCCACGCCGUGGUGCACACGCGCGAGAAGCCGCACGCCUGCAAGUGGUGCGAGCGACGCUUCACGCAGUCGGGAGACCUCUACCGCCAUAUCCGCAAGUUCCACUGCGAGCUGGUCAACUCGCUGUCGGUCAAAAGCGAGCCGCUGGCGCUGCCUAAUGUCAGGGACUGGGCCAUAGAGGACAGCUCGCAGGAACUCUGGAAGUAGAUUCCCGUGUCGGCUCCUUAAAGCGCUGCUUCCCAACUGCCUUUGAGCUUUUCAUUCUGGAGAAAUUGCUCAUAAUGGCAUAAAAGUAAACUCCCGUUAGGGACCCAUACCUGCCUGGCGUAGAUUUGAACAACCUUUCUAAAAAUCCUCAAACUGUAUGCCAUGGCUGGGCGAUUUUAAGAUUGAAGAUCGAAAAAACAAAAGAAAUGGCUCAAUCUAGGUGAUCAUAUUUAAAGUUGCUGGUUUUCAAACAGUUUAUUACACUCCACGUGAGUUCAACUGUAAAAGUAAACAUAUUGUGCACUAAAUACUUUGUUCUUCGAAUGCCUGCUAGCUUCUGUUAAUAUACAAUUGAAGAUGCGAUUGUAUAAAAAGUACUCGUUGCAAAACCCAAGUUUAAAAAAAAAAUCGUCAGAGCAAUUGAGAUCUGAUGUGAACAAAAAAAAUUGUGAUCUUGUUUGACCAGAUCGCCCAGACCUACUGUACAUCCAGAAAAGUGAACCCCUUGCUGAAAGUCUGCAAUAAACACACAAUUUAUACAAAUAAGCCUUAAAAUGCGCCUCCUACAUGCUCCCAAAACAUUGAAAACACCUUUUAAACAUACUGUAAAACUGUACUCCAAGGGUUGCCCGGCAUCCACUUUACAUGAGAAAAUUCUCAAAUUAUCCUAAAACGUACAAGCACUUAGGGCUGGGCCAAAAAGUUUUUAACCCCCAAUUCUUUAAGAAUGAAGAGAGAGCGCAAAAGUUUUAGAAAAAUGUUAAAUGUUGAACAACAGUAAUGUACCUAAAGUGCAAAAAGUUCUGUCUUAAAUUGUCUUUUUCUCUCCCCCUAUCUGUGCUGUCAGCCCCCAAAUACAAAGUAAUAACUUCAAAUAGAAACCAAUUCUUCCUCAAGGAAUAAUUUUAAUGAAUAACUGUUUGCUAAAUUUCAAUUUUGGCAAAAAAAAACAAAAACAAAAAAGCAUCAAUUUUUUUUUGGGGGGGGGGG